CCAUAAAGCCAUGUUUGCGAAACUAAAACCAAAUCAUACGCUAAAUAUACCAAGAAUCAUUUUACAAUGCUUGCUCUGCGCAGCGUUUUAAUUCAGACACCGCUAAAUUGAUCUGCAGUAUAAGUUUCAAGAACAUUCUUUCCAGUGAACUAAUAUUUAUAUUUUUAUUUGGUAAUGCAUGUAUUUGUGUGGCGGCGGUUUUGAAAAAAUAGGUAUAGCGAUCUGUAUAUCCCCGAAGGCCUUUCGGUUCUGGUUUUAGCAGGAGAUCAAAUCUAAUCCUUCGUAUACGUUCUGAUAUUGAUAACCCCCUUUCUUUAUUCAUGUCAUUAUCAUCAUCGACAAUUUUUAUUCUUAUGGAUCUGAUAAAUCACACAGACUUCUACUUGGUAGUCUAGAUUUUAUGUCGGAGAGUAAUUUACCUUGUCCUAUAAAAAGAUAUCACAUAAUGGCUCAAAGAGAGACGAGGAAGCAAAUCGUUCUCGAACAAUUAUACUCUGAUAUUCUCAAGCAGGCUCGUACGGAAGAACAUCAGAGUUGUGACUCAAAAUUUUACGAAUCGUCUUUUUCAUAUAAUUUCAAAGAUGAAGAAGAUGGUGAAAUCUUCGACCUGUAUGCAAGCCGAGAAACAGAUCAAGUCAAAAGUCGUAGUCACCACAAUUAUCCACCUCUCUCGAUCAAACUUAUCCCACCAUCUCCAACAUUUCGCUCAAGGGAAUAUAGAAACCACUAUGCAAGUUUUUCUCACGAACAGCAUUCUGUUCUUAUAGAAAACGAUAUUUAUUCAGGCAUUAAAGCAGAAGAGGAGAACGUAAACGAAAACAGUGUUCCUGUAUAUAGCCACACAGAACCAUAUUCAAGUAAAACGCAUGUUCAGCAUCGUAAGCGACAAGUGGUAGAAGCAGCAAGUGUUAUACUCCAUAUGGCUGAAUCAGAAAAUAUGCCGAAAGAGAUAAAGCAAAAACACAGAAUAUCGUGCGACUUAUUCACUUCCUCCGAUUUUACCGAUCUAAAUCAGUCUUGCAUUUUGAACGAUGGUAUAUUAUAUUGUCGUGAUUGUGAUAAAGAAAUUUUACAGGGUGGUGUUCGGUGUAGGAUUGGGGAAGAUACUGCUUUUUUCCAUCGAGAUUGUUUCACCUGCUCACACUAUAACAGUUUUCUAUGUAGAACAGAAUAAUACUUCUUAUGUCACUUAUCUCACAUAUCAUAUUUUACACGUCCUUAUUCUAUUCCUGAUUUCAUGUAAUUACUUCUAUACCUGAACAGUAUGCUCUUCACAAUUGCUC